AUGGACUGGGUGGCGGGCAACGUAUGCUCCAUGGAGACAUAUCAGGCCACCAGUCUCAUAGACUUCCUACACCUGACACCGGCCAGAGUUACAUGGCCAAAGGUCGAGAAGUGUUUCCAAGCAAUUUUCGAGCUUCUGGAACAGCAGAAUGCUGAUAUUACGACGGAGAAGUGGGCCGUGGUGAGCCGCAAAGAUGCAGCCCCCAUAGUGACAGAUAUUUGUCCAAAUGAACAGCUUGAGAUCUGGAUGGAUGCAGAGAGUGUGGACAUCAUCAAGGAAAGAUGCAACAGCCUCAAAUUUUCUAUCCUCGGAUCUAGUGGCGGAUCCGUCCAGCCAUCCACUAUUGAUUGCAAGCGAGGUAUUAAACGAAAAGCCCAAGGACAUGAAAUAUCCAUAGAGACUAAACGGAUCAAAUAUGUUCUCGAAUCCAGUGAGGAGAGUCUAGAAAACCACUCGUAUGGAGAUAUGCAGGAGGCAUGCGAUAUGAGAGGCUGCGGAAUAAAGUCCCGACCACGUCCGGUUAAAUAUGAAAUCGAAAUGGAACCCGAUGUUAUAAAUGGUCAGCGGCCCCCGUGCGUUAACAUUCUCCCAGAGAACAGGCCGUUUGUCGUGGUUAUAUCUUCCUCAGAAUGUGAGAAAAACUUUUGCGACCUAUUGGAAGAGUUCUUUGGAAUUUUUAAGGAUUUCAGAAAUGUUCGCUGUUUGGAUUUCAAUGAGGUGACUCCAGACACUGAGUACAAUGGGCGGCUGUACAAUGCAGCGGCCAAUGAGGAUACGAUGGACUCGGUGGCGGGCAACGUAUGCUCCAUGGAGACAUAUCAGGCCACCAGUCUCAUAGACUUCCUACACCUGACACCGGCCAGAGUUACAUGGCCAAAGGUCGAGAAGUGUUUCCAAGCAAUUUUCGAGCUUCUGGAACAGCAGAAUGCUGAUAUUACGACGGAGAAGUGGGCCGUGGUGAGCCGCAAAGAUGCAGCCCCAUAGUGACAGAUAUUUGUCCAAAUGAACAGCUUGAGAUCUGGAUGGAUGCAGAGAGUGUGGACAUCAUCAAGGAAAGAUGCAACAGCCUCAAAUUUUGUUUUUGGA